AUGAGCACCUUCCACUGGCCGCCAUUAACUGCAUUCAAGGACAGCAGUGAAAAUAGUAACCUUCUUCGGACUCGAGAGAAGGAGAGAGGCAAGCAAGAAGAUCACCCGGAGAAAGAGGCGUUUUUUGAAAAGAUGCCACUGUUUGGAGAGCCCUACAAGACUACAAAAAGGGAUGGGUUGUCGCGUCAGAUACAGAACAUACUAGGAGACUAUGAAGUUAUGAAGGAGUUAUGGAGAUCUGUGUCUUGUACUCAGUGUCCAAAUGGUUCUAAAGACAGCCGGGGGAAGCCGAAAUAUCCUUUAUUCCAUGACAGGGAGAGCCUUGCAUCCACCUUCUGUUGCACGCACACCUACCACCAGCUUUUUUGUACUUCUUCUGCCCCUGGAUCACCUUUUGUUGGUAACAUUAGCCACAGUUCAAAGAUGGCUCCACCAAGGAUGGAGCCAGUGCCAAGUCUCCAUGCCAAAAACUAUGGUCCACCCGACAAACAGCAUCCGACUCGAGAUCACCUCAGUCAGGAGGGGCACUCUUCAAACCACAAAAAGUGUGACCGCAGAGCUGAUGGUGACUCAGCUCUGGGUAAAAAACUCUCACCCUUAAUCUCCCCUGUGUCCCAUUUGUCACCUGUACAUUCCAGACUGCAAAGAACCAGCAAGGUUUACAGCAGCAGUAGCACUAGCAAUAAAAGCUACUGUGCAAACAUGUCUUCCAAGGGCCUGAAGAUAAAGGUUCAAGAUAACGAGACUCCUCUUGACAGUUCAGUGGUAAUUACCAGACUUGGGGUGGCCUCUUCUCAAACGUUUCCACCCCUUCCUCUCCUCUCAGAAAGUGUUGCAAUGCAGCAGAAGCCCAUGACAUGUAUCUGGCCCACUGACGGUCAGAAUCAGGCUCCCAGUGAGUCCUUGGGCCUGAAGCUGCCACUGGAAGACAAUGGUCAGCAGAGCUUCGAAAAACUGGAUGUAAAAGUGCCAGACAAAGCCAAACUCACCAGACUGAAGAUAUCUUCACAGUCGGAGUCGGUGGAGCAGUUGUUCUCCAAUGAAGUCCACUGCGUUGAGGAGAUUCUGAAGGAAAUGACCCAUUCGUGGCUCCCUCCUCUGACAACCAAGCAUACACCCAGUACGGCCAAGUCAUCCAGAUCUCCUUUCCCUACAAAGGAUCCUCUGCCCAAUAGUUCUGCAACCCAAAGCCAAAAUCAAUACGAUCCACUUUCCAAAAUCCAUCCCAAUUCACAGCAAGGAACAUCCAUACUCUGGGAGGACCUGCAGCUCAGUGAGAGUGAAGAGAGCGACACAGAACAAGCUGCAGAGAAGCUUCCAUCCCUAUCUGCACCUCCAAGCGCUCCCCAGAUUCUCCCCAAGCCGGUGGUGUCAGCGCAUUCCAGUAGUGCAAAGUCAGAGAGUAGCAGCAGCAGGUCGGACUCAGAUUCAGAUUCAGACUCCGAGAGAGACUCGGAGAGUGAGAGCAGCUCACGCUAUAGCAAGGAGAGUGAGCCCCUAGAAAUCCCUGCUCCAGAGCCCGAGACUCCAACAACAAACUGGUUAACCAAAGUGAAGCAGCCACUAGUGCUCCUUGAGGCUCUGGGGGGCACUGAGUCUCCAAGUGGGCCCCAGGAAAAUAAGGGUGAAAACCUCAACACUGACCAGCUACACCCUGAGUCCAAAGGCUCUCCCCCCAAGAGUUCCUGCAAAGCCGUCCAAGAGCUCACUGAAGGGCCCCAACCUGAGGAGAGGAGCUGCCAAAAACCCUCUGCCCAACAGCAGUCCCCGUCUCAGCAAACUAUUGAGACCAAACAACCCAGAAAACCUGCCAAGGUCUCUGGCCAGGCAGAGCCCCAGGCCUGUUUGCAGGUGGAAAGUAAACCAGGACCCCUUCCUUCUGAAUCAAAAAAACAGAUUUCCAAAGACAAACCCAAGGUGAAGGCAAAAGGCAGGGAGCCUAAGCCUGAAGCUAGCAUGCCCAACCAUCAGGCAGCCGAGCCAGCCCCUAAGGAGAAAAGGAAGCACAAGGGUUCCCCGGCUCCCUCUAAGGUUUCCUCAGGCCCUCAGCCUCCUAAGGACAAAGCUCGAAACAGGAACUCUUUCACUCCACCCCACAGUGGCGGCAGCAAUGGCAGGUCUAGCAACUGCCAACAAACUGCCAAUGUCCAGGAAGACGGUCAAAAGAGAGACACCGAAUUGCUCUCACCACUCAGGAACACUCCACUACCACCGAGUUUGGUAGUGAAGAUAAACCUACAUCAUCUCACUCGGAUUCCCCAGCCCCUGGGGAAGGGGGGCAGCCCCAGGAAAGCAGAAGACAGGCAGCCGCCAGCAGAUAAGGAGCAAGACUCCGAAAAGAGAGACUGCAAUGGCUCCAGCAGACUGAGCAAGAAAAGAAAGGGCAGCGACUCAGAAAAAGACCGUGCCAGCAAGAAAAUCAGAAGGGAGAAAGAUGUCCAGUCACACUGUACUUCUUCUUCCUCUUCCCAUACUGAAUCUUCCAAAACAAAGACUUCCAAAGCCUCCUCAGAGUCCUCAAGAAAAGAAAUGCCUUCUCUGCCACCUGUGUCAGCCUCUUCCUCCUCCCAGAAGUCAAUCAAAACUGCACGCAAGAAGCCAAAGACGGAUGUAGACACCUGUGGUCAGGGCCCUCCCAAAAGUGCAGGCAGUGCCAAUGACAAUGACAAGGACUCUUCUGUUCCCAAGCACAGAAAAGUGCCGAAAGUGCAGGCCAGGGGCUCAGAAUACAUAGGGUCUUCUAGAGAAGCCACAAAUGCGUUCCUAGUGCCUUCUUUGCCAAAGGGUAACUGUAAACCAGGGAAGCCACAAGUGAAACCUUACAAGCAGAAAGCUGACUUUUACAUGAAGGAAGCUAAAAGGAUGAAGUGUAAAGCAGUGGCAAUGAAGAACAAGAUCAGAAAGGCCAUCAAGUAUUUGGAAGCUGUCCUGUCUUUAAUUAAGUGUGGGAUGGCCAAGGAGUCAGAAAGCUCAGUAAAGGCAGCGUACACUGUCUACUCAGAAACUGCAGACCUCAUUAAGUUCACAAUGUCAUUAAAAUCCUUCUCGGAUGCCAUGGUGCCAGCACAAGAAAAGAUAUUUGCCGUUUUAUGUUUACGUUGCCAGUCACUGGUGAACAUGGCAAUGUUUCGCUGUAAAAAGGACAUAGUAAUGAAGUAUUCUCACUCUCCUAGUGACCACUUCAACAAUUCUUCUCUAUGCACAGGUAUUCCGUCCUCCCUCUCCCUAGUGCCUUCUCCUGCCAGAUCUGUCAGAUCCCAGUCAAGUGCUGGUGGGAUGACGGCCACCGUCAGUGUCCCAGUCACCAUCCAGAACAAGACCUUUGCCUAUUUCACCAUCACAAACCACCUCCUUAAAGCCUUGGAACUCUGGGAACAGUCAGAGGCCCUUACAAAGAAGAAUAAAAAAUUCUUUGCUCAGCUCAGCACAAAGGUGCGUAUCUUGACCCUCAACAGCAGCCUGGUGGACCUGGUGAUCGACACAAAGCAAGGUCUGCGGCAGCUGAAACAAACACUCAAAACUCCCUAA